CGCUGUGUUGCUGAUUUUGCUGAAGUGUCUUCCGGGUCAAACCUGUCUUCAUUCUGCCUCAGUCUGCUCACAGUCCUUCCGGUCUUAACGCCAUCGCAGAUAGCAGACAUGGCUAUUCGCUACCCCAUGGCCGUUGGCCUAAACAAAGGCCAUCCAGUCACCAAAAAUGUCACUGCUCCAAAACACAGCCGCAGACGCGGGCGCCUGACCAAACACAGCAAGUUUGUUCGGGACACGAUCCGUGAGGUGUGUGGCUUUGCUCCCUAUGAGAGGAGAGCCAUGGAGCUGCUGAAGGUGUCAAAGGACAAGAGAGCACUCAAGUUCAUUAAGAAGAGGAUUGGUACCCACAUCCGGGCCAAGAGAAAGAGAGAGGAGCUGAGCAACGUGCUGGCUGCCAUGAGGAAGGCUGCCGCUAAGAAAGACUAAUCUGUCACUUAAUUAAAAUGUUUGUUAAACUACAAAA